GAAAAGAAUGGAACUGUCCCAGCUACUCAAUGAGAUCAGGGCAAACUAUGAAAAGCUCCUCACCAGAAAUCAGAUAGAGACCAUGCUCUCAACAAGGAUCCAGCUAGAAGAAGAUAUAAGCAAAAAAAUGGACAAAGAUGAAGAGGCUUUAAAGGCAGCUCAAGCAGAACUCAAGGAAGCCCGGCGUCAAUGGCACCACCUGCAAGUGGAAAUUGAAUCUCUCCAUGCUGUGGAAAGGGGCCUUGAAAACUCCCUACAUGCCAGUCAGCAGCAUUACCAGAUGCAGCUGCAAGACCUAGAAGCUGUGAUUGAAGGACUAGAAAAAGAGCUACAGGAAGUAAGGCGGGGCAUUGAAAAGCAGCUUCAAGAGCAUGAGACGCUUCUCAACACGAAGAUGAGGCUAGAACAAGAAAUAGCAACUUACCGGCGCCUCCUAGAAAAGGAAGAAAUCAGAUAUUACGGUUCUAUCCAAGGUGGGAAAAAAGACCAAAAACCUACCACAAGUAGAGUUGGUUUUGUUUUACCUUCAGCCAUUAUCAAUGAAGUAUCUUUUUCAACAAAAGUCUCACAAAAGUGUGAGACUGAAAACGUGGAAACCGUAACCAAACAGGCGAUAUUAAACGGAAAUAUUGUGAAGGAGAGCACUGAAGCUCAUGGCACUAUACAGACAGAGAAAGUUGAUGAAGUUAUUAAAGAAUGGGAAGGUUCCUUCUUUAAAGAUAACCCUCGAUUAAGGAAAAAAUCUGUUUCUCUUCGAUUUGAUCUUCACUUAGCCGCCACCGAUGAAGGGUGUUUACAGACUAAGCAGGAUAAUCUACCAGAUAUAGAAGUCAGGCUUAUCAUGAGAAGAUCGUGCAGUAUCCCCUCUAUCAAACCUCCAUCAGCAGCUAAUUAACCCAAAGACAGUAUCUGACAUGAUUUGAAAAUGUCAUUAGGAUGGACCUAGGUGGGCCAUGCUGGGCCCCUCCAUUCCUAAAUGUAAAUUACUAAGUACGUAUGGAAAAGGUUAUAAUCAAUGUGUGAUUCUCUUCAG